ACUGCUAAUGCGUUCUCGUUCUGUUUCUGUUUCUCUCUUCACUCCAGAAAAGUGAAGUUCUUGGAGUGACCGUGACACCCAACCAAGCCCGGAAACUUCCAUUUUCAAUCUCCACCCAAACCUCAAAAAUCCGCAGUCUUCGAUUGCACAAAGCUCUCCAAUGGAUCGCCUCCUCGUGAUCACCAUCCCCGUUCUCUCUCUCCUCGCCCUCUCUCUUCUGUCAGAAGUGCACUCGACUUCCUUCAAGAUCGUCAACAAGUGCCGCCGCACGGUCUGGCCCGGCUUGCUCUCCGGCGCCAACACCGCCCAGCUCCCCACCACCGGCUUCGCCCUCCCCAGCGGCGCCUCCCGGACCGUCCCCUUGCCCAGGUCCUGGUCGGGUCGGAUCUGGGGCCGGACCCUCUGCGGCCAUGAUUCCCAGGGCAGGUUCGCCUGCGUCACCGCCGACUGCGGCUCCGGGAAGCUCGAGUGCGCCGGCGGCGGCGCCAAGCCCCCCGCCACCCUCGCCGAGUUCACCCUCAACGGCGCCGGCGGCCUGGACUUCUACGACGUCAGCCUGGUGGACGGGUACAACCUCCCCAUGCUCGUGGUGGCCAGGGGUGGGAAGGGCGGCGGGUGCAGCGCCACCGGAUGCCUGGUGGACCUGAACGGCGCUUGUCCGGCACAGCUCAGGGUGGCGACUGGGAACGGGACGGGGAGGGGGGUGGCGUGCCGAAGCGCGUGCGAAGCGUUCGGCGACCCUCAGUAUUGCUGCAGCGGCGCGUACUCGACGCCCGACACGUGUCAGCCGUCUGCCUACUCGCUCUUCUUCAAGAACGCUUGCCCACGCUCGUAUAGCUACGCGUACGACGACAAGACGAGCACAUACACGUGCGCGGGGGCCGACUAUAUAAUCAUAUUCUGUCCCUUGCCUUACACCAGAGAAUCGAAGCCAAAGUUGAUUAGCUACUUGAUGAAAAUCUGAAGUUCUCUACGCAUUAACCAGUAAUACGUCAUCUGUGGUGUAGAAAGUGCUAAUCACAGGAGGAAGUUGUGGUAGUGUAAUUUGCUGAGGUAUCAUCCUCGCAGCAGUAAUAGGAAACUAUUAGUUAAGGCAUUUUUAGACUCCAUCUCCAUCAUGAGGCUUUUGAAGUAACUUGAACCAUGCUUUUUGAGUGUAGGAAGACCUAAAAUUCCUUUCAAGCUUGCGAAUAGGUACGAUGGAGUCAUCAUGGUUGACAUAGCUAGCUGCGACACCAGGUUUAUCUGUGGGGUGUUUGUUCAUUCUUAAGUGCUGCUAUUUUGUCAGCAUGAAGAUCGUCUAUGCUCCUGCUAUACUGUCCCCACUGCUUCUUCGGGUUACUGCCCAUAGUUGUAGCUAUCGUCAUGUUUACAGUCAAUCUAAAGUGAAUCAAACUCUUAAGAAAUGGCCUGAAUUUCUAGUAAUCAGAUUUAGGGAACACCAUGCAAGAGAGUCAAUGACGUUAGGAUUUCUUUUUAUGUCUAGUUGGUUGGCCUUUUCAAGAUGUUCAACCGAUGUGCAUUUUUAUUUUGUGAAUCCUCCCUAUGAAAACGCAGAUACACAGUAGCAUUGCCCUCAUAGUAAUAUGUAGUGAUUCGUUGUAGAAUUAGCUACAUUGUGCUAAGCAG